GGAAAAUUCUAUCCACAAGCAUAAUUAUACGUGCACUACAGCAAGUUGGAACUAAUGAGAAGUUACGCCACUGAAAGACUCAUCGACAAUGAGGCAAAAGUACUUUUAUAAUAAAAAUCAUAUUUGAAACAAAUACAAAAAGAUGGGAGUGCGUUUCUUGACCUCGUAUAUCAGUGAGAACGAUGACAAAUAUCUAUGUGAUUAUGACCUGCAAAACACUAAGUUAAUAAUAGAUGGUUCCAGUUUGAUUUUCUUUCUCUAUGAACACUACAAAAUACCACAUCAGUUUGGAGGAGAUUACGAUAUUUUUGCAAGACGAUGUAAAGAGUUUUUCAACAUUUUAACGCAGUGUAAUGUUACACCGGUCGUUGUUUUUGACGGAGCAGACGACCCAAAUAAUAUGAAGUUGACAACAUUAGAGGGUCGAAUGUAUCGGCAGAUAAAUAAGCUAUCGUCUGAAGAAGAAGAAUUUUUCUUACCGCACUUGUCAUUUGUCACUUAUCGUCAGGUUCUUGUGGAGCUUGAUAUAGCACAUGUUGCUUCUUUAUAUGAGGCUGAUAAAGAAAUUGCUGUUCUCGCAAACAAGUUAGGAUGUCCAGUACUAAGUAAUGACAGUGAUUUUUAUGUGUUUCGUUUAACAAGGGGCUACAUUCCACUGAAUUACAUCGGUGAACUCGUUCCAAAACGGAAUGCCACCUCGGGGAUACCAAACUUCUAUUUAAAAGUUAAGCUUUACAGAAGUGAAGAUUUCCUGUCGAAAGAGUUCAAAAUGAAAGAUGAUGAGUACAUGUUACCUGUAUUUGCAACGUUAAUGGGAAAUGAUUAUUUUGAUUCAAGGGGAAUCACACUAUCUCUUCAAAGAAAUCCAAAAUAUAUGUUAAGGCCUGACCCAAAAGAGCCGCAAAAUAUCAUCGAGUGGAUAUGCAAAACGGAUUUCAAUAAUGAUAAAACGGCAUUUUGGGAGAUAUGGCGAGAACUGCCCGAGAACAUGAAAUUCUCAAAACCAUUUGAAGAAUCUGUCAAAUAUUAUCAGGAUAUCAAGGACUUUGCUAUAGUUAAAAUGGACACGUUCCUUGACGGUAGCCAAAACAACGAUUAUCUACGAAGAAGUGCUGAAAAUGAAGACAGCGGUUAUACCGGAACUAGCAUGACGCUAUACCAGCGAAGGUCAGGCAACCUGUCUGAAGUUGAAGAUCGCGAUUAUCUACGAAGAAAUGCUGGUAAUGAAGUUAACGGUUAUACCGAAACUAGCAUGAAGCUAUACCAGCGGAGGUCAGGCAACUUGUCUGAAGUUGAAGAUCGCGAUUAUCUACGAAGAAGUACUGAAAAUGAAGGCAACGGUUAUACCGAAACUAGCAUGACGCUAUACCAGCGGAGGUCAGGCAACCUGUCUGAAGUUGAAGAUCGCGAUGGAAAUCUGUUGCCUUCUUGGUUUAUUGAAAGUUCUGCAAAAUGCGAUAUAAAAUGCUCUUUCUUCUUAAAUAUUGCAAUUAACCACCGACUUAUCUUCAAGCCACAAAAGGAAAUGGUUAAAAGCCCUUCGUCACAUUCCUGUUCUAGACAAAUUCGAAGAUAUAUCUUUAGUAUUGUCCUGGGUAGUAAAGAUACAUAUGUUGAAGAAAAUGAUCGUAUGGAAGAACAUCCAAGAAAGUACUUUGUAGAACCUGUUGACAAAUUACCAAUAACAGCCAACUUGGCAAGCAUUCCAGAAUUAUCACACACUGACAGAGUAAACCUCCUUUAUGCUGCUUUAGGUGUUAGACCAGGAGCCAAAGUAACAAUGGACAAGAAACUAGAUAGAUCGUCAGAAAUAUUUAUACUCGUUUCAGCACUGUGGAUGAAGAAUGCAAAACCGAGAAUCACAGAGCGUCAUCUGACGGCAUUGAUCAUUGGCGUACUUGUUUUACAUGCAAAGGAUCUCAAACAAGCAAACAAGUUCGCUAUGACAGACCAACCACAACACUUGUAUAGAGAUAUAGUUAAGGCAAUGCAACGUUGCGCAGGCAUUGAUAGUAUCGUUGAAUUGGGACGUAGAUUCGACAAAUCUGAAACAUCCUAUUGCCAACCAAGCCACGAUGUACAUGCAUACACACAGUUCCAGUCUUGCUAUCUGUACACGCUCUACCUAAAUCAAGUUCUUCAGAGUCCAGUGUGCAUCCCAAGCCCCAGCAUGACACUAAACUGUACAUUCCUGUAUAAGUUUGGUCUUCAUCUGAAAAAUGAAAGAUAUCCAAAUCGCUACAUUACCUCCCUGUUGGGAGAUGGUUCUUCCGUUCACAACAUUUUCAAGAAAUGGAAAGCAGCCGUUCUUGCUAUUCAAGCUUAGAGCGAAGUUAUAAUGAAGAAGGCCUGAAAAGGGAUAUGAAUAACAGUCAUUCUUCAGGCAUUUUUUAUAUUACUACAUUCCAAAAUGGUAGCUUAAAACACAGCGGGAUAUGAAUAACAGUCAUUCUUCAGGCAUUUUUUAUAUUACUACAUUCCAAAAUGGUAGCUUAAAACACGGCUUAAAUGUAUUAAUAUGUAGUACAUUAUUCAAUUAAACUUUGACUAAGAAGAAAGAAAAAUAGCUGUAUGCUAUACCAAAAGACGUGUGAGGUGUAAUACAUAAAAGUCAAUUAACAUUGUCACUUACAAAGUCCUUAUUAAAGUUAUUCCAAUAAUAUACUGUCUAUGAAGACUAGAGUGAAUCGGGACAGCAAAUGUCAAACAGUCUCCAUCAAGAUAGUUUUCCGUAGAAAUAUGGGACUGUGAAAAUAAAAGACAUUUGUGUAAAUUUAUUACACAAAAUAAUUAAAUACACAAAGCCUAUUAUUGAGGACGAUAUAAAACUCAUGUUGCAUUGAUGCAGUAUCUACCGAAUGCUUACAACACGACGUAAUGUACAUUAUGCCAAUGACUGUUUUCGAGCAAGAAAAUACGUUUAAAAGCCUCUCAAUUUUUGUACAUAGUUGUCUAUUUUUUUAUUUUUUUUUUUUUUGCUUAAACGUGUAAUGAAUUAAAUCUACGCUAGUCCAAAAAUAGCGAACUCUAAAUACAUAGUGAUAAAGAAUUGAUAUCCUUAGUAAAGUCGCUUUGAAAAGAGAGAAAAGUGAAACCUUAGAUUUAAACCUGAGUGUUUUAUUAACAAUGUACUCUUUUUUUGCCAAUGUUAUUGUCUACACAUGGGAACAUUUGCAUAUCAAAAACAGAGAAAUAUAUCCAAUUGCCAUUUUAAGACUAAAACAAACUGUGAAAAAAAACAACGUCAUUUUGUCUCUGUGAAUAUAGCAGAAUAGCAGACUAGCAGAAUAACUCCAGCAGAACUGCAGAUAAGCAAAAUAACUCCAGCAGAAUAACAGAAUAGCAGAAUAACUCCAGCAGAACUGCAGAAAAGCAAAAUAACUCCAGCAGAAUAACAGAAUAGCAAAAUAACUCCAGCAGAACUGCAGAAAAGCAAAAUAACUCUAGCAGAAUAACAGAAUAGCAGAAUAACUCCGGCAGAAUAGCAGAAUAACAGAAAAGCAGAAUAACUCCCGCAGAAUAGCAGAAUAACUCCAGCAUAAUAGCAGAAUAACUCCAGCAGAAUAGCAGAACAUGUACAACUCCAAAAUAAUAGCAGAAUAGCAGAAAAUUUCUAGCAGAAUAGCAAAAUAACUCCAGCAGAAUAGCAGAAUAACG